AUGGAGGUGCAAAGACAGAUCGUGGAAAUUGCAGGUAUCCUAUCCUCGCAAAGGGGAGCACUGGUGAAGGGCCUUAUAGACCAUGAUACACGGUGGUGGAAGAAGAAUCUUAUUGAGGAGGUAUUCAAUCCGAAGGAGGCAAGGGUCAUUCAAGCUAUCCCAAUAAGUGCUAUGAACCUACCUGACAAGCAAGUGUGGAGAGGCAAUGCAAGGGGGACUUUCUCGGUUAGCAGCGCCUAUUAUAUGGCAAAAGACCGUGUAGCUGCUCACCAUGCAAAAUGCUCAGUGAGGGAGAAUCUGGUGCGGCGUAAGGUCACUCAAGAUCCCUCAUGUCCUAUUUGUGGUAUGGAGAAGGAAUUGGUGUACCAUGUAUUAUGGGAAUGCAUUGCUACAAAAGACGUGUGGGGGGCUAGUGCAAAAUUUUUCCAGAAAAGUAGUUUUGAUGCCCACGAUUUUCUACAAGUUUCAGAACAUUUCUUCCAAACCUGUGCAGGGAAGGACUUGCAGCUCUUUGUCGUUACAACACAGAAAAUUUGGUUCAGACGUAACACAUGGAUACAUGAAGGAAAAUUCGCUCAUCUGAAUAUGUUGGUUUUAGGUUCCAAGAGAGCUGUAGAGGAGUUGCAGUUUCUGUACCAGGGAUGUGAGGAAACUUCUGCCGUGACUAAGGAGAUAUGGCAGACACCAGCGAAGGGGUGGGUUAAGUUGAACUGUGAUGCUACAUGUGACAAACACAAGGGUUAUAUGGGGAUGGGUGUGAUUAUAAGAGAUCAUAGCAGUCAGGUGAUGGCAGCCCGGAGCACCACGAGAUUAGGUUACUUUGAACCUACUGUAGCGGAAGCCAUGUCUUUACUCCAUGGAGUGUCACUUUGUAAGGAGUUGGGUUUCCAAAACCUGAUGGUUGAAGGGGAUGCUCAGAUUGUGAUUUAG